CUCGCCCGCCUGGAAAGUCGGGCUCUGCAGGCUGCCCGAGGUCUCCUUGUCUGGCAGGUCGCAGCCCCUGGAGCUCAGGGAUCCCCACCCCCUCAGCCUCUGUGCAGCGUGGGGUGGGACUGGCCGCGCGCUCUCUGCACAGGGCCUAGCUGUUUCCCAGUUCAUCCGCCCAGGCAGCUGCAGUGGAUGUGUCCAUCGGAGGAAUCCCUGGGGAUCCCCAGAAUCUCUGCCAACACCGCCCAGAGGCUCGAGUCUUUGAUCCAGCACCUGCCAGCCCUUCAGGCCUGUGCUCCUCUGUCUUUGCCAGAUAAUCACCGGAUGUCCUUUUUCCCUGGUCAGGUCGGGAGUGGACGCCGCUGAGACUUGAGGGACAGUGAGGUGCUCGCCGGCGUCGGGGAGGAGCCGGCGCCCCAGAACGAGAUGGAAGCGACAGGGGACCCGGGAGCCGGCUCAGAGUAGCCCGCGGAUCCCCGGGCUCGAACUCCGCCGGGUGCUGCAGGCGGGCAGGGUCGCCGGCACUGCUAUGGAGGUGCCUAGUGUCAAGGACUUCCAUUGGAAGCGCCUCGCACCGCUGCCCAGCCGCCGGGUCUACUGCUCCCUGCUGGAGACCGGGGGACAGGUCUAUGCUAUCGGGGGAUGUGAUGACAACGGAGUCCCCAUGGACUGCUUCGAGGUCUACUCCCCGGAGGCCGACCAGUGGACGGCUUUGCCUCCCCUGCCCACAGCCCGGGCUGGGGUGGCUGUCACCGCCCUAGGGAAGCGGAUUAUGGUGAUCGGCGGCGUGGGCAAUAACCAGCUGCCCCUGAAGGUCGUGGAGAUGUACAGUAUCGAUGAGGGCAAGUGGAGGAGGAGGAGCACACUGCGCGAGGCUGCCAUGGGCAUUUCUGUCACAGCCAAAGAUUACCGAGUAUACGCAGCAGGCGGCAUGGGCCUGGACCUCCGCCCACACAACCACCUCCAGCACUAUGACAUGCUCAAGGACAUGUGGGUGUCGCUAGCACCCAUGCCAACCCCAAGAUAUGCUGCCACCUCUUUCCUCCGAGGCUCCAAGAUCUACGUGCUGGGGGGACGCCAAUCCAAGUAUGCGGUCAAUGCCUUCGAAGUCUUUGACAUCGAGACUCGCUCCUGGACCAAGUUUCCCAACAUCCCCUGCAAGCGGGCCUUCUCCAGCUUUGUGACCCUGGACAAUCACUUGUACAGCUUGGGAGGCCUACGACAGGGCCGGCUUUACCGGCAGCCCAAGUUCCUGCGAACAAUGGAUGUGUUUGACAUGGAACAGGGGCCACCUACCCAGCUGGUCAAGCCUCUGCAAAGUCUGAACACCCCUCUCCCUCAGGCUACUCGGGGAUGGCUGAAGAUGGAACGUUCAUUCUUUCUCAAGAAGAGGCGGGCAGACUUUGUGGCCGGCUCUCUGAGUGGACGGGUCAUAGUAGCAGGAGGACUUGGGAACCAGCCUACAGUCCUGGAGACAGCUGAAGCCUUCCAUCCGGGGAAGAACAAAUGGGAGGUCCUCCCCGCCAUGCCCACGCCCCGCUGUGCCUGCUCCAGCAUCGUGGUUAAGAACUGCCUCCUGGCCGUGGGGGGCGUCAACCAGGGCCUGAGCGACGCUGUGGAAGCUCUGUGUGUCUCUGACUCCUAGCUGUCCAGGGCCCACACCUUGGAUCUAAACUGCAUCACACCAAAUCUUGACAUGAGGAACGAUCUUAACGAAGCAGUGUGGGUUUCUUGGCAGGCUGCCGGCUGCCAGAGGAGGGGCCGGUGUUAUCCUUACCUAGCUCUGAACUAGACUGAGGGCCUUUCGGGAUUAGAAACAGAGCAGCCUGGGGAGGGGUUAUUCUAAACCUGUAGGCUCUCCUUUGGACUACAUCCUUCCUGCCCUGAGCCUCAGCUGCUGAGCAAGAAUUGAAACAUGAAGUUAGAGGUGAGUGCAUCUGGCCAGGUCAAGCCAGCAGCCUUGGCAGGAAGGAAUUUUCCUCUUGGGGUUCUUGUUGGGUGUUGCUGGUGGGGAAUGAGCAGACGCUGAGCCCUGUGUCUGCUCCCCACUUCUCCCCUCUGUCUGGUCUUUUAUCACCCCUUUCCUAGCAGAGGCCCUGCCCUUCUAUCCCCAGCGGUAUCCACAGUGUUCCUGUGUGAAACCUUCUCCUUUAUACUGUGGCACUGGAAUCUGCACAGGAUGGAUUCAUUGUACUCUGGUUACUAACAACAGCACAAUAAUUAAACUCUAUAUUCCUAUCUUC